AUGGACGAGGCUCGAGAGAGAGUUCUCGCUGAGCGACGUAGAAUUAUGGAAGAGGAUAUGGCUUCGCGUUAUGGUCCUGGAAGAUAUAUAAUCCCACCUAACGAGCCGUUUCCCGCUGGGGUUCCCCGUUCUUCCUGGCCCACCCCGGUCUCUCCUUUCAUUCCCCGUCGAGUCCCCCAGACUCUGAUAGCAUCUGCCCUUGGUCAGCGGAGAAACGCAAUAUCACUUGGUCGUCUCCCCCCUCGUCGAGCCGAGCGUCUAUUAUCUGGCCGUUCCUUUGGCCAUAUCUCUGGACGUUCCUCUGGUCAGGUCACUCGUCGGUCUCCUCCUGCCUCUAACAGCUACACUCUCUCGUCAGACAUGCCUGACAUUGGCCAUCUGAACAUGAAUGACGAGGGUGAGAGCAGUCGGCGCGCUCCAAGACGCUCUAACCAGAGGGAGACACCACCUCAGGUUACAGGAGAUCAGGUUACACAAGAAACAGACAGGGUCUGGGAGUCGGACAUCCCCAGACAAAGCGUACCAAGAACCUUCCCUGAUGGCCACAUGAUGACCAACACCAUGACCGGAAGUUUUGCUGGUACGAGCCUGCCAGAGUCUGAGGAGGAAAUGUCCUCGGACGAUGUCUCGACAGCAGCGGAGAAUGGUUCGGAGGUUGACGAACUUGAGUUUCGUCUGAGAUUUAGCUUCAUGGACGGGGUUGAGCAUACUGGGCAGAAUCCGCCAAAGAAGGAUUAG